ACUGUGGCAUCUGCAAAUCACUUUCACCUCCAGAGACAUCACAUAUCUAGCUGUGCUAGGCACUUCAGGAGCUUCGGUUCUGUACCAUUUACAGCAGUCAUAAAACAAACAAUACUCAGGAGCUAGUGAAUCUAGAUUCACUUUAAUUCUUUAUUUGUAAAUCUGAGCUUCGCUUUAGCAGAAUGAACAGCAAAAUUGUCUACCUGUCUAUUAUUUUGUUCGUGGCAUAUCUGACCAGCAGUGAAGGAAUGAAUCUGAGAGGUCUGGGUGUAGAUCCACGCUGUCGCUGCAUUGAAACAGAGAGUCGGCGCAUUGGUAAACUAAUCGCGAGUGUGGAAAUCUUCCCCCCCAGCCCACACUGCAAAGACACAGAGAUCAUUGCCACUCUGAAGGGCACCAUGGAGGAGAUCUGUUUGGACCCUACUGCCCCAUGGGUUAAGAAGGUUAUUGAGAAGUUUCUUGCCAACAAAGCACCAUGAAUGUGUAAAUCAUCUGAUGUGUUUUUCGAUGCAACCUUGAGCAAGAAGACUAUAUUUAAAACUGUUUGUUUACAUGUUUAAUGUUACCUAUUUAUAUAUUGUUUUAAGUAUGUAUCUAUUUUGUACUGUAUUUGAAAAU